AAAAUGUUUUACAACAAAAAGUUGCCAUCAGUUUUGUGUCUAAUCCUAUCGUUUUUGAUAACAAAAAAUUGUGGCCAACAUAUCCUAAUCGAUGCCAUCAACAACAUUACCGGUGCCACUCUGGCCAACAGUUCAAUUGAUUAUAACAACACUACCACCGAUGUUGUCAAUGAUAAACCUAAACUACAACAACAACAACAACCGGUUUUUAAUGAUUACACCGACGCCGAUGAAGACUCGGCCGCCGCCGAGGAGGAGGACGACGACGAUAUGUCACUGUCGGAGAAUGUGCCGCAAAAUACGCACAUUGAACACGACUUCGAUGGCCAACUGAACCGAUUUGUCGACUCGGGUAUGCAUUUGAUUGCCGAAACACAGCACAUGUUCAACACCGAUAUCAAUGAGUCGCGCAGCGACAGUCCGGCCAAAGAUGUUUGGCUGGCCUAUAGUAAGUCGUGGGGUCGUAUGUUUGGCGCACUGGUCAACUAUAUGAUGGCCAAAAUGGUCGAAUCGGAAACCGAUCCGACAACCAAUAUGACCAUGGAUUGUGUGAUGGCAAUGACGGCAACGUUAUCCGGAUUGCAUAGUCAACGCGAUUGGGCUGUCAAAUUGAUUGACUCGUCCGGCCGGCCGUUCAGUGCCGGCAGUCUAGACGGUACGAUCACCAGCCUGGGCGCCUACGACCAGUGUCUGGCUAUUGACACUUCGGUAGAUCCCGGUGCCGGAGCCGAUUAUGUUGGCCAAUAUUGUGUGGCCAAAUUUCAGUUGGCAUUGCCGCCGAAACCCAAACGAUUGACACUACGUCAUCGAGUGUUCAACUUUACCGGCACACCGGCUGACGGAACGUUUCUGGACGAAUUUUCGCUAUCGGCCCACGCUUUUUAUGACCGCUCCGGCCGUAUCGGGAUGUGUAUACCGUCUGCAUGUAAUGCCGAUGACUUUCACUCGUUUCUAAUGAAAUUUAUUAUGGACAGUCAUAUAAAUAUGACAAUCAACGACUGUCACGUUAAACAAUUGCCAUCGUUUACCGUUUUGCAUAAGUCAAUCAUAUCGGUAUUGGCCACUGUAUUCAUAUUGAUGACAGUUUCGACCAGUUUGGAUCUGAUCAUCGACUAUACCACCGACAAGAAGUUUACACCAUUUAUCAGCUUUGAGACCAAAUACCGAAAACUAUUUGUGUCAACACUAUUGGCAUUUUCUGUCUACCGAAACGGUCGAUCGUUGUUCGCCGCUAAGUCAUUGUCUACUUCGACGACCACUACCCGCACCAGUCGAUCCAUUGACUGUCUGAAUGGCAUUCGGGUACUGUCGAUGAUAUGGAUCCUAUGGACGCAUACCUAUCUGAUACCGAUCAAAGAAACGUUUACGUUUGCCCGCGAAUUCAUGUUUGCCGUCGAAGAACUGGGGUUUCAGCUGAUCCUUAACGGCUGGGUACUGGUCGAUACGUUUUUCCUGUUAGGCGCAAUGCUGACCACUUACAGUCUGUUUCAUCGGCUGGACAAAUCGGGCGGCCAAUUGAACAUCUGUCAGCAGAUACUGAAUCGUUUGUUUCGUUUCUGGCCGUCGGUAGCGUUGACUGUAGCCCUAAUUUUUCUGGUACCCGCACUGGCCAGCGGUCCGCUCUGGAACGAAUAUUUUGAUAUCCAACUGGACAAAUGCUACCGCUAUUGGUGGACAACGUUGACGUUUGUCAACAACUGGUACGACGAGUCCGAUAUGUGUCUCUUGCAUACCUGGUAUUUGUCGGCCGAUAUUCAACUGUUUAUCGUAUCGUUUAUCUUCAUUAUACCACUCUAUAAAAAUCCAAAAUUCGGUAUCAAACUUAUAGUGUUGGUGGCGUCGGCCAACAAUUUGGCCAUUGCGGUGCGCACAUUUAUGCUGAAACAAAAUCCGACUGUCCUCUAUAAUACACCUAGUGAAAGUGAUGUAUUCAACCAAACGUCGACAAUCUAUGUCAACACUUAUAUACAUUUGGGUCCCUAUUGUGUUGGACUCAUCCUUGGCUACGGUGUCUAUAAAUAUAAGACAUUUCGCAUAAAUCCGUUCGUCAAUCUAUUACUAUGGAUGGUCUCGUUGUUCGGCUGUCUGGCCAUAAUGUUGUCCACCUAUACACUGAAUCGGGGCGUUCAAUGGAAUCCAAUAUUCGGCGCACUGUACGCCGGCCUUCACCGAACCGCUUGGUCGCUGUGUGUGGCCUGGAUUAUAUUCGGGUGUACUACGAAAAACGGCGGCCCGAUCAAUACGUUUCUCAGUUGGUCACUGUUCGGGCCGUUAGGCAAACUAAGUUUCAUGAUCUAUAUGAUGCACUUUCUAGUUAUUUGGGUACGCUAUGCCUAUCUUAGACAGCCACUACCGUUUAGUCAUUACACAAUGUUCUGCGAAUUUAUCAUCAAUCUGGUAGUCAGUAUUUUCGUGGCCAUAGUAGCGCACCUGUCGAUUGAGGCACCGUUCCUGGCGCUAUACAAUCUAUAUUUGUCGCACAUAUUCAAAUGGGCCAACUUUACCAUCAACCGCACCGGUAAACCGUUCAAACAGAGCACAGGAGGCCAACAACAACAACACAUUACACCAAACAACACACCACUGGUGGUCACUUCAAAACUAUAGUCCAUUAAAU